AUGUCCCAGACGGCACCCAUUUCAGCAAUCACCGAUGGGGAUGGUUCAAUGGCUAAAGCAAUAGCUACUGUUUGGACCGGAACAGAUCAUCGUUUGUGCACGUGGCAUAUCGAGGAGAAUAUGGUGAUCCACCUCUGCAAGAAAAAGCUUGAGGAAUUUAGGGAAUUCAUUUACCGUCAUUGGGAUGUUGAUGAGUUUGAGAAAAGAUGGGAGGCUUAUAAGGUUAGGUUCAAAAUAAAACCAGCAGGCAAGAGGUCGUCAUGGGUUAACAGGAUGGAUGCUAGAGAAUUGCAAGGUAAGGAUGGUAACGACUCAGAUGCUAAGGUUCCUACAGACUUGGAAGGUAAGGAUGCUGAGGACUUGCAUGCAAAAAACUUGGAUGCUGAGGAUCCCAAUGACUUGGAAGGCAAGGAUGGUGUGGACUUGCAUGCAAAAAACCUGGAUGCUAAGGAGCCCAAUGACUUGGAAGGAGCAAAACUGGACGCUGCAGCUUGUAAAUGUAAAAAGAAAAAAUCGGGGAAAUCAAAGGUCACAAGGAGGAAGAAGCGAAAAGAGAAAGACUCAGAGACAGAAGAAGACACAGAGUCAGAUACAGAAGAAGAGGAAGCUUCAAAAAAGCAACGAAGAAAAAAGCGGGGAAAUCAAAGGUCACAAGGAGGAAGAAGCAAAAAGAAGAGACAGAGUCAGAUACAUAAGAAGAGACAGAGGCAGAUACAGAAGAAGAGACAGACGCAGAUACAGAAGAAGAGGAAGAUUCAGAUGCAGAAGAAGAGGGAGAUUCAGCUGCAGAAGAAGAGGAAGAUUCAGCUGAAACGCAAGGGCGCUCCAAAUGUCAAAGCUGGGAGGAAGAAAAAUAACGAUGACAAGGGUGCGCGAGGAAAACCAGUGAAGAAAGACUCUAGGAAGGGCGGUAAAGAACAGGCCAAAUGGGUGAUGAAGACAAAAAGGCCUGCUAGGAAUGUACCAAAGGCUCAGAAAGCUAAAGUGAAGUCGAGACAGGAUGUUUAG